UUUCUUUUUUUUUAUUUGGUCUUUUUAAUAAAAGAAAUUAGAAAAGGCUAAUCGGGAAAUUGAAACCCUAAAUUGAGCAACCCUGAGGAGCUAAGAGGGGAGAGAUCACUUACCGGCGGGGAAAAAUGCUAGGUGGACUGUACGGAGAUCUUCCUCCGCCGUCAGAUGAUGACAAACCGAGCGGAAACUCCUCCUCCGUCUGGUCCAGCAGUACGAAGAUGGCUCCACCGACACUCCGCAAACCACCGGCUUUUGCUCCGACGCAAACAAUCCUCAGACCUCAAAACAAGCCCAAGCCUAUCCCCUCCCAGUACAAGCCUCCUCCUCCUUCUUCCUGCUCCCAGUCGAUGCUUACUGCGGCACCAUCGCAUCCCCCGGCAUUGGUUGGUGUGACCUCAUCAGUGAUUGAAGAGUACGAUCCAGCGCGACCCAACGAUUACGAGGAAUACCGGAGGGAGAAGAAGCGGAAAGCCAUGGAAGCUGAGAUGAAGCGGGAGCUGGACAAGAGGCGGCACGAGGAGGAGGAGAAGCGAGAAAGAGAAAGAGAGCUAAGGGAGAAGGAGAGAGAAAGAGAUCGCGAUCAGCCUCCUCCUCCGCUGAACAUCUCCGGCGAGGAAGCAUGGAAGAGACGCGCCGCCAUGAGUGGUGGUGGCGGGAAGCGAAGAUCGUCCUCUCCUCCGGCGGAGACGAGUGGGCAGAUGACGGCAGCGCAGAGGAUGAUGGCGAAGAUGGGAUGGAAGCAAGGACAAGGGCUUGGGAAGUCAGAGCAAGGGAUCACCACGCCCUUGGUGGCUAAGAAGACUGACCGUAGAGCUGGCGUCAUUGUGAAUGCUAGUGAGAACAAGGUCGUCAAGAGUGUCAAUAUCAGUGGAGAACCAACCAGAGUCUUGCUUCUUACAAACAUGGUUGGACCAGGAGAAGUAGAUGAUGAGCUAGAAGAGGAGGUGGGAUCAGAGUGUGGCAAAUACGGAACAGUGACUCGUGUACUGAUAUUCGAGAUCACUGAAGCCAACUUCCCUACACACGAAGCAGUAAGAAUCUUUGUUCAGUUUUCAAGAUCCGAGGAAACAACUAAAGCCCUUGUGGACCUGGAUGGGAGAUUCUUUGGAGGCAGGACCGUGCGUGCAACUUUCUACGAUGAAGUGAAAUUCAGCAAGAACGAGUUGGCUCCAGUACCAGGUGAAAUCCCUGGCUAUUAAAAUUAACGAACUCUCUCAAGAAAAGGAGGGAAGAAGAAGACACUGCUUGUUCUCUAUAAGAAUCUUUGAUAGAGUAGAGAUUGAUGUUUUUCUAGUAUUAUUUGUAAAGUACACUUGAGAUCAAGAAACGUUACCUUUCUCAUUCAAA